AUGGCAGCAGAAAAAUUAGGAGAAGAGGACCUCAAUACUAGCGAAAUCUGGGAUUGGGCGGUCAAUUGUGACGCUUUUGGUCUUCAUUCUCACCACAAUGGCCCAGAUAUCGUCGUCCUGGCCCCCUUUCACAUCCCGAUCCUCAUUCCGCGGCAGCUGGUGGAAACUGUCGUUGAUGCGCUCAGUGCGUUGAGAAUAAUACCGCCCAGGAAGGCCCAGUACCAGCAGGAUCCCGCCGCCGACGGCGAGGAUGUAGAUGAUGAUCAGAAUGGCAAAAAUCUUUUCCUGCUGGCCAUUCUUGCUAUUGGUGCGAACAAUAUAUCCCCGCUUGAUACCAUGGCUUUCUUCAUUACGCUGGCCUACAUUGCUAUUUCUAUCGGCUCGUCUGGGCUUAUUAGGUUCCUGGCAUUUAAAGGACUUCAAAAGGGAGGCAAGGUUGGGCAUCGGCUCUUCUUCUACCUCUACGCUUUUUUCUUCGGCCUGGGGAGCUUCAUUGGCAACGACCCUAUUGUCCUCUCCGGACUGCCAAUAUCAUUCAUCCUAGAGCCUGGAUCCACACACAAUUCGCGGUGGCCAACAUCGCGUCUGCAAUUCUCGUCUCCUCCAACCCGACUAACCCAGUCCUUUGAGAUCAAGUUCAUUGUCUACACGGCAAACAUGAUCGUCCCAGUCAUUGCAACCGCCAUUGUUUUAUUUCCCUUUUUGCUAUACAUCAUCUUUGCGGAUCCGGCCCCUAUCCCAUUUUCCAUUGAGAUGCACGAAUUGUCGGAGGAAGCGAAAGCAAUGAAGCCUGUGAAUCCUAAUAUUCCUCAUGCGCGAGGAUUGGCUGAGGAGGAAGAGGGCAAUGCAAAUGACGAUCAGGUGAAGCUUCUCUCCCUGGAAGAGAUUAUGAACCCUUUCCUGGACAAAGGCGGCGCGGCUUUCGGAGCCGUCAUUAUGAUAGCUACGCUUGUUACCCUCCUGGCCCUUAACGCUUCGACCAAGAACAUUAUCCUAUUUUUUGGGGCGGAGGAAUUACGGCUUGCGGUUCUAGGGCAGAAAGAGCAGGAUUCUAUGGAUGCGUAUGGGACCCCUCUAGUAUUGACCCAGUCGCCUGAGCCUCAUUCACAAGACCAGUCCAGGCAUAGUGGCAGCGGUGAUGGGGGUGGCGGCGGUAAGAGCCACAGUACCUCGAAUACUGAUGAUGAUAUUACAUUGGCGGUCGCUGCUUCCAAGCAAGUUCCUACAAUCCUUACCUCCGAGACAGAUGACAGACCAACUCUCGUAUCGACACCUCCCCGUGAACCAUCACCCUCAUCUGUGCGUAUAUACCAAGCGACAAUCAACUACCGAACGGCCAAGGGUCAACCACGAGCGCGCCAGUCAUCGUCCCAGCAGCAACAAGGGACGAUAUUAAGCGAAGGACAGAUAUUUUCUAAUCGAAUGUCUCAAGAGCUGGCACGGCAGCAAGAUCGUGGACCGGCAACGAUAGUCUCGCUCCUUGCGGAAGCCUACCGCUGGACUCAGGAUACUUUCCCUACCGUCACAGCAGUAGUCGCCCACUUACCAUAUGCACGUGUGCCCUUUGCUUUCACCAUGUUCAUUCUCGUGCAAGCGCUUGUCACCAAAGGUUGGAUGCCCGUGUUUGCCUACGGAUGGGACCAUUGGGUAAACAAAACAGGCACAAUCGGUGCAAUUGGCGGCAUGGGCUUUCUCUCAGUGAUAUUAUGUAACGCGAGUUCUCCGUCGCGAUGGAUGGUGUACAGCAUCGCAAUCGGCGUCAACUACGGCGCAUUUAGCACGGCCUUUAGCGCUUCACUCGCUGGUAUGCUCUGGAGAGACAUCCUAGCCCGAAAACACAUCCGAGUCCGUAGCCUUCGAGUCAAUCUACCCAUCAUUGCCAUUCCAUGGCGGUUGGCCUUUCUGUCCUCAUCGGGGAAGUGUACAUUAUCAGAGACAACUCUCCCUACAAGCCUGUGGAAUGAUUAUCUAUUGGACGUGGAUAAUUUUGUUGGACCACAAAAGGCAACACAUCUCCUUCCGGGCCUUGGAAACGAAAUGGCAGAAUAUAAUGAGCCACCUGCGAGACUAUGAACAG